AUGGCCUCAAACAACACACUGCAAACAGCACUAUUAUAUGUUGAUGAUAUAAUUAUCACUGGCACCAAUCCGCGGGUAAUCAGCAAGCUUGUAACAACCUUGGACUCCAAGUUUGCUGUAAAGGAUCUUGGCCAACUCCAUUACUUCCUUGAAGUCCAACUACACACUGUCCUCGAUGGAGUUCUACUGAAGCAGGAAAAGUAUGUCAAGGACCUACUUCACCAUCUUGACCUUGGAGAUCUAAAACCGGCACCCUCUCCGAGUGUUCUAAACAAUCAACUCUCCAUCUCCGAUGGCACUCCUCUUGACAAUCCCUAUAUCUAUCGAAGCACGAUUGGUGCCCUACAGUACUUAACCACUACGAGACUUGACAUUACAUAUGCGGUUAAUCAUCUAAGUCAGUACUUAAAGAAACCUACGGACGUUCACUGGUAA